UUAAAUUGAUUAGAAGUGUGGAUUUUCUGUUGAACAGUAAUCAGUGGACAUGAUUAAUCGAAUUGAGCAGAAGUGUUCACCUCAACUAGUAAAUUGAUUAACUCAAAGCCAUACCUCAGAACUAAAUCUAGUUAUAUUAACCUGUAAAUUCAGAGAAGCUCCAUAAAAUCUUAAAUCCAACAGUUUAUUCAAACCAACAUUAGUUAACAAAGGACAGAGAUAUUUUUCAACUGCAGGAAACAUUAUGCAAGACAUGUGUAACAUUGAAGUUACUGAGAAGGCGGGACCAACAGUAUUGUCAUCAGUAAACAACAGACUGGCACAACAGCUAAUUAUUGAUAUACCCAAAGACCCGUCCGCUCCAAUACACGAUACAUACCCUUACUAUAUGCCACCAUAUCCUGCACCGCAGAACACAGGUCUUCUGAUGAACCGAAACUCCGUAUACCCGAUGUUACAGACGAAAAAGGAGUUACAAUCCCCGAUUAAUGUGUCCCCUCCACAGAUGUAUAUUGUACAAGGAACAAUAUCGGACCAAGACUCGCAUAGAUCGUAUGAAUAUGAUGCAACUGACAUCAACAGUGAGGGGUCAUCAAAUGGAUAUGAAAUCAAUAGUCAAUGGUCAUCAAACGGAUCCGAAAUUAACAACCAAAGAUCACCGGAGAGUGAAAGAGAAUUAGAUUCUCCUGAUUCUGCUGACAGCUUAACUAAUAAAGACAUAAUGCCAAUCAAAAUUUUAUCUUCAAGUUCUAGAAAAUGCCCGUCUACAAACAAUGGCAAACAGAAGAGAAACAGGACGAAUUACACGAACCGCCAAAUACAGGAACUAGAGAGAAUGUUCUUAGGAAAUCAAUAUCCAGACCAUGCAACACUAGAAUUAUUGUGUAGAGAUUUAGGCAUACCAGAAACUAGACUGAAGAUUUGGUUCCAGAACAAGAGGGCUAAAAGUCGACGACAAGGUAAAGAAAAGCCACAGACCACGAUGCCACAGACCACGAUGCCACAGAGCACGAUGCCACAGACGACGAUGCCACAGACCACAAUGCCACAGGCCAUAAUGCCACAGACGAUGAUGUCACAAACAACGAUGCCAUUCAUGGGACCAAAUGAAAUGUUGCCACCCUAUCACCCUAUGUUAUACGGGUCACCUGCUCAUUUUAUUCAACAUCCGCUUUUCCAGCCAAGCCAUCCUAUGGGAAUGGAUAGAACUAUUUUAGAGAAUCCACCAAUCAGGAAUGAGAAUGACCUGCAUCUUACCAUCAGUCAACAAGGAGAUCUUCCAAGUUCACAAACUUUAUCAACGUCAAAGCAACCGACAUUAUUAUCAGCAAGUUUGCAGAAUUUAGAGACUUCAGAAAAAGCGGAGAAAAAGUUUACGCCACCCUUGCAGCAAUUCUCCUACCCGUUCGGAUUGUGUCCGCCAUAUUAUGGCUAUUAAAUUAUACUUGAUUGUACAUUUGUAUCAAACUAACAUUAAAUUUAUGUAAAUUAUAGUAACUGUCAUGCUUUUAAAAUAAUAGUGCCGAAUGUGACAAAUAUAUGUAUAUAUGCUAUCUUUUA